AUGAAUGGAGAAGAUAAAUGUCCAGUGGACCAUGCUUCUCGACAGGCAUGGCUGGAUCAGGCUAAAGCUGCCGGUUCUGCUGCUAACGCCAAGUUGAAUCUCACAACCCAUGAUAAUCCUGGCUCGGAUACGAAAACUGAGGCAGUAUGUCCAGUGGACCACUCUGCUAGAAAUGCACUUUUGAAUGCAAGUAAAAUCAGUUCAACUAGUGUCUCUAGUAAAACCCCUGAUGCAUGUUCUUCAGAUAGACUUGACAGCUACUCUGAGACAGCUGCCACCACUAAUGGUGGGUUAUCACAGGACCGGGAAGUUUCAAGUAUUCCUAGAGCUGGCACUGGUAAAAACUGGGUAUAUCCAUCUCAGCAACAGUUUUUUAAUGCCAUGAAAAGAAAGAAUUUUGACCCUAAUGCUAAGGACAUGGAGACAAUUAUUCCUAUUCAUAAUGCAGUCAAUGAGCGAGCAUGGAUGGAAAUCCUGAAAUGGGAGGAGGGACAAGGUUCUGAGGCUUGUGGAGGACCUCAACUUGUACGCUUUGAAGGAGAUGCCUCAAAAUUAACGCCAACUGCUCGUUGGAAUAUGAUGUUUGGUAUCGCUAAACCUUUUGAUCGCCAUGACUGGAUGAUUGAUCGCUGUGGAACUAAGGUUGAGUAUGUAAUUGAUUUCUAUACUGGCAAACCCAACCCCUUGAUACCAGAGAUGCCUAGUUUUUAUCUCGAUGUCCGACCAAAGCUUAAUAGUGUUGAAGGAGUGCGCAUGAGAAUCGCUAAAUUCUUCGGCUUUUGA